AAGACACUGUCCAACUUUCUUUUCUUCAACUUGGUGCUCAGUUGAAUUGCGGUUCUGGGCAUUUCCUAGAACGUUUCAAGAGUCAUCUUCCAUCCAGUAUCUUUCCAUUUGGGACUGCGCUCUGUCGCUUUACGUCCGAGAGCCCAAGUCCCGCUCAAAGAUCAUUUACUAUAUUUGUUUACCCGUGUGGCACACGUUACAGCACGAGCCAUAGCUGAAACUGUGAAAAAUACGGCAGUACUGCAUCAUAUUUCUCUGCCGUUUCUUCCAUUCUUUUCCAAACGGGAAGUUCACUCUAUGUGUCCACGGAGAAACUUAUAAACGCAAUUACAACAUAAUCCAUUCAAUAAAUCCAGAAGCUAUUGCUUAAUCACCGGCCAUGGCCGUUAUUACAUUUGAUCCCAAAGCACUCCUCCUCUCCACGCUCUUCCUUGCCAGUGGAUAUCUGACCAAGCGAUGUUUGACACGGCCAAACCCUCCACCAGAAAAACAGUCAGACACAAAAGAACAGCAUGACGACCGAAUCAUGGCGAAUACAGCAGUGAGGCAAACCACUCUCAUGGCACCAUGGAUCGCAUGCUCGGUUUGCAUCUAUCACGCCUUUAUAGCGCUCACAUAUCCCUCGCCACCGAAAAGCAUCUGUCCGCACCCUGAAUGGCUCAACUCUGCGCUCUUCACCUGGUCGACUUUCACGAGCAUUUGCUUAGCCAUCCACUUUAUCGGCGGUGCAAUCCGACUGCUCGCGUAUGCGCAGCUAGGAGAAAGCUUCACAUUUGAGCUUGCCAAGCCAAAAAAGGGCCUAAUCACGAGUGGCGUGUACCGGUAUAUCCGCCACCCGUCUUACACAGGGGCCAUCUUAUUGAGCGUGACUUGUGUUGGGCUUGUAUUUAGAAGCGAUGGUGUGUCGGCCUGUUGGCUUGAACCGGGGGCAGGUGCGCGCGGAGUAAUUACCGCCGUGCUUUCGGCUGUAUCGCUGCUCGGUCUCAUCGUGUUUCUCCCCAUGAGACUGCGUGAUGAAGAGCAAAUGAUGCAUUGGGAAUUUGGAAAAGAGUGGGAGGAGUAUAGUCGGCGGACAUGGAGGUUGAUUCCGGGAAUAUUCUAGUAUCCGUCGUUUAGGCCCAUGCUCCACUCUGUCAUUAUUGUUUUAUCACUUUUCCCGCCGUAGCUGUUUAAGUGCCCAUUAGGAGCAACACGAGCUUUCAUGCACAAGGGCCUCGAAAUGAAAGCCCUUGAGAGAGAUAGCAACGUCUAUUCGGACCCAGAUUCCUCCGGCAUCUGCUGCGUAUUCGAAAGUUC